GUGAAGAGGAAAGAAUUUAGUGCAUUUGUCAACAUGCCAUGGAUCUAGAGCAGCUUGGCAAGCUUGGCAAGCUGGCAGGCGAGAAGGAGUCGGAGAGUCAUGUACUCCUUCCAGACAGAUGCAGAGCACGACAUUCCCUCUCAUUGGCCUCCAGAACUUGCAGCGCAAAAACGUCCCGUGGUGCACGUCUACGAGGUCUCGGAUGGUGAAGAACCUCCUAAAUCUCGAAGGAGACAAUCUCAUGAGGAUGGUGCGAAUCCUGCGUUCGGGGCCGCUUUGGGACGCCUUAUCCUCGGUGAAGAGGUCGAGGUAGACGAGGCCUUGGAAGAAGCUCGAAGAGCCGUGGGAUCAAUGCCGCAGAUGCCAGAAGAGAGUGAGCCAAGUCUCAACCUCACCUCGGAGGUCUCACGCAUCAGGCUGGCGGCAGUGGAUGACUACAGAGAGAUCCUGGGGCUCAGUCAAGAGGGUGACUUGGAGCUUUCUGCAGUGCAGUCGAAAUAUCGUCAGAUUAUGCGGCUGCUUCAUCCAGACAAGCGAGAUGCAUCAAUGGGCGCAGCCUCGCAAACGGCCUGUGAUGAGGCCAUGGAGCGCGUGCAGCAGGCGCUACAAGGUCUUAAGAAGGAGAUAGAGGUCGGUCCAGAUCCUUCGUUUGUGGCCAGACAAGGUAUGAGGCGGAUGCAGGAGCUCCAACGCUUACGGGCGCAGCAAGCGAGACAAAAGCAACAGGAGCACCAGAUGGGUGCGCUGAUUCAAGAUCUAGACCAGGCCAGAUCCGCUGGCGAGGCUACAUCGUCUCCCAAGGAGGAUGAUGCCACGAGUCAAAUCCUACGGCUGCUGUCCCAGCUGAACGGCCAGUGAUGGGAUGAAGAUGAUGCACGAGCAAAAGCAAGUGAACCAGAUGUGCGUGUUCUCAAGCGAAAUGAAGUCCUUCUAAGCGUUCAUGUGUUUUUUAGCCCGCCCUUGCUUAAUUAAGUAGGCGCCUACUUAAUU